UCCAUUCCAAAUAUACAGAGGGGGAAGAGAGAAGAAGAAGAAAAUACUCUUAUUCUCUCUCCCUAUAAUCUCUCCCUAUAAUCUCUCCCUGUCUUUCUGAGAAAGAAAUUACAGAUCAAGAACGAUGCAGAUAGAAAGCUACAAACCCAGUUCAAAUUAUCCUCAUGAAUUAAGAUCAUACAGUACUUCAUAUUCUUCUUCUUCUUCUUCAAAUUAUCCAAACAAUGAUAUAAAGCUGAAGAAAGGGAAAAGCACAAACGAGACAUCUUCAUCAUCAUCUUCUUCUUCAUCUUGGGGAUUUGGUGAUCCAGAGUUUCAGAGAAAGAAAAGGGUUGCUAGUUAUAAGACUUAUGCUGUCGAAGGAAAGAUCAAAGGUUCAUUCAGAAAAAGUUUCAGAUGGCUCAAGCUUAAGUAUUCCCAGGUUGUUUAUGGUUUGUGAUCAUUUUCUUUUCUUUUCAAACUUUGUAUUAUUGUGUUCUUUAUCAUUUUGAUCUUGUUUUUAUGUUCGAUUCUGAUUGAAAACUUGUUUAAUUGAAUUGGGGAGAUUAAUAUGGAUAUGAUAUUGAAUUAUUCUUUGAUUAUGUGAAGGUUUUGAAAUUCUUAGUUGAAUGAAUCGGUUGGUGUUUUAUUGAA